AUGUGGACCUCAUCGCGAGACUACCUCAUGCUGGCCAUGCUGGCCAUACCCCAGGCCCACUUAGUGUCUGCGGAGAGAGUGCUGGGUGUGUACAUUUUCGCCCGCCACGGGGACCGCACCCCUAAAAUACAGGGCAACACCCAGCUUACGGACCUGGGAUAUAGUGAGGUGUUCAUGACUGGUAGCUACUACCACAACCGUUAUAUCGAUUCAAACUCUUCCCUUCAGAUUGAAGGUAUCAGUGCGGAUAUCGUCAAUCUAAAGCAGCUUAGUGCAUCUGCGCCAUCUGAUACUGUGCUGCAGAACUCGGCCAUCGGCUUCCUGCAGGGUGUUUACCCUCCAGUUGGCACAAUUGCAAGCCAGGAAUUGGCCAACGGGACUACGGUGGAGGCGCCACUGAACGGGUACCAACUGGUCCCGCUCUCGCUCACCACCACCGGAACAAACAGCGAGGACAACACAUGGCUCCAGGACACCACCAAGUGCCAGAAGGCCAAAGUCAGCAGCAACAGCUACUACAGCUCGACACUGUACAAGGAUCUUCUGGCGUCCACUCAAGACCUCUACACCUCCCUCACGCCCGUCCUGAAGGCCCAGUUCUCCGAGUCUGACAUUAGCUUUAAAAACGCCUAUUCCAUUUGGGACUACCUCAAUGUGGCGAGAAUCCACAACUCCAGCACGGAGAACAUGCCCACCGACGCUCAGUUCCACCAGCUGUUGACCCUGGCCAACAUCGAGCAGUACAACCUGGCCUACAACUCGACAGAGACCGUCCGGGCCAUUGCCGGUGCCCAGCUGGCCGGAGAGAUGCUCGAUGGGCUCCGCGAGACGAUCAGCACACAGGGUAAGACCAAGCUGAACAUCCAAUUCGGCUCCUACGGCACCUUCCUCUCGUACUUUGGGCUUGCCCAGCUCCCCAAGGCCAACUCUGACUUCACCGGCAUUCCCGACUACGCCUCUUCAAUGGCAUGGGAGCUGAUCACCGACUCUACCAGCGGGUUCCCCGACCCAGCUGACAUCUCCGUGCGCUUCAUCUUCCACAACGGCACCAUCACUGGCUCUGGCGAGCCGACUGAGUUUGCCCUCUACGGCCAAUCGAGCGCCACCAUCUCCUGGACUGAAUUCGAGAAGCAGACCAAGAGCAUCGCGGUCAUGUCUACGGAGGAAUGGUGCAGCGCGUGCGGCAAUACGGAUGGAAAAUGUGCCACCUCGUCCUCUGACUCUGCCAGUGCUCAGUCGACCGGCAGCAACGAUAAUGGGAUCUCUAAAGCUGUUGCCGGCGUUAUUGGUGCCAUGGUUACCCUUGCGGUUAUUUUGGGCUUGCAGGCGGCUUUCUUCUUGUUGGGUGGCUUCACGGUUGCCAAGAGGAGAAAGUCUGCUGCGGGAAGUAUUUCGUCUGAUACCACGGAGGCAAAAUUUGUUGAGCAUCGUUGA